CAUUUAACUGAGGAAGUAAUUGAGUCCAUCACGCGCAUGUUAUCUUUCGCAGAGGGAAGCCGUCGUGGAGGUUUUCUCUUCAUCACCAUGUUUCUUAAAGGUGGGGAUAAAUAUUUGUGUACUUGUUUAUAGUACAACUCGUCAGCUCGUCCGCUCACUUGUUCAUAAAUCCUCUUCACAAGAAGCAUAACCAAGCCAUGCCAUCAUCUAAACGCAAUCAGCUUCCCAACACACGUACUCCAGUAUACAUCGACAUUUGGCCAGAGUCUAGCUCAUGGUCGAGCAGCUCGAGCUCAUCCUCAUGUUCACAUACACCGCCAUCUUCUCUAUCAAAGUCGCCUCAAGUUGUCACCACGCCUCACCCUUCCUUGAACAUACCGCGUUGCAUAAGGGAUAUUGAUCCCAGCGUAACCUUCGUCUCGCCCUCUGUCGUCAUUGCCAAGUCAUCCUAUAUAAUUGUAUUGGAUGGUGCGCCUAUACACAGCGAGGACACGAAGCUCGAAUGCAUUGGACCAUAUUUCACCGAUUCUAUAAUCCCGUCUGGUGACGGUCCGUUGCUCUACAGCACAACCCUAGUUCCCAAGUUCUGGGAAAUCUUGUGCAGAUCUCCAGAUCCCACUAUGUACACCAUCAUUCAGGAUGUGUACCGUCGAGAUCUAGCACCCCUUGGAAGGUCCUCGUGUCGUCCUCGCCCUGUUCUUAUCUUCUCUGCUGAAUACCACUUCCGGUACUCAGUCCAUGCAUGCACGCCUCCACCUUCCAUGACACCAUACACCGCAUAUCAUGCCAAUUCGCCUUUCAUCGCGAACGUUAAUUGUGCUCAUCUCGAUUCACCCGAGCCCAACUGUCCGUGCAAUCGUCAUCGGAUGCCCCUGAGUCAAGACAGCCCCCAGUUGCAUGAAGACAACAUGCAAAGCCAACUGUAUAAACAAUGCAUACCGGACGUCAGCCUAGAGGACUUAUCCCUCAUUAACUCCAUGAUCGAUAACCAUGACUCGUCUGCUGCCAAAUCGGAAGAGAUGAUGACACAGUCGUCAUUCUCAAGCUUCCCAAAUGACAUCCGUAAUUAUAUAUAGGAAAGUAGCACGCAUAUAACAGUGAUAUUACUUGCUGGAUGUAUGCUGACAUUCUAUAUAUAGAGAGUCCUCCGGCAUUGUUGCAGUCAAACUGAGUUUCUGCCCUGUAGGUCCCACCAAUGACAUUUACCCGUCUGAAAGCGCUGAGAACUUAGAAAAACGUGUUGGGACGUAAUGUUAUUUUGUAUACUG